AAUCAUCAAGACGCAUCAGGAGGGCAGCGGACAGGUUGCUAACGGUCUACCAGGACUCAUUUGUCUUUUCCCUUGUUUUUUUUCAUUAGCCUAGUUUUCAUCUCCAUUCCUCUGGACAUCAUCUUUGACACCAGCAACUUAUUCGGACUGGUCACGCUUCUCUAUCACCCGGCAAGAACGACCGGGUCGGCCCUUGAUCAUGAAGUUCGGCAGGAACCUCCCCCGGAAUCAGGUGCCUGAAUGGGCAGCCUACUACAUCAAUUACAAGGGCCUCAAGAAACUCAUCAAAGGCGCCGCCGAACGGGCCAAGUCCGGCCAGGAGGUUGAUCUUGCAGGAUUCUUUUAUGAACUGGACCGCAACCUGGAAGAUGUCGACUUUUUUUACAACAAGAAAUUCGGCGAUGCCGUUCGCCGUCUGAAUCUGCUGCACGACAGAUAUGGCCGGGUUCCCGACGUCGUGUCCACUCUCGACGAGGAUGAGAUCAGCGAACUCAUGGGCGCCCUGAUUGACCUUCGCACGCAGCUCAGGAACCUCGUCUGGUUUGGUGAGAUUAACCGCAGAGGCUUCGUUAAGAUCACCAAGAAGCUCGACAAGAAGGUCCCGGACACAACCACCCAGCACCGCUAUCUCUCUACCAAGGUCGACGUUCUCCCCUUCGCCAAAGACGGCCACGCCAUGCGGCUCCUGAGCGAAAUUAACAAAUGGCUGUCUGUCCUCUCAGAGGCCCAGACCCUGUCCCUUGAUGAUUCCAGGUCUGACCGCUCGACUCGGUCGUUGGGUCGAGCCUCUGCGAAAGCCAUGCUGACGCUGCCCCAAGCCCUCCUCGACAACCUCGAUCACGCCAUUCGGAGCGACAACGUCGAAGUGCUGCAGAAAACCCUUGAGGAAGGCAAGGUGGCGGCCGACUCCUCGUCCCAGAGCCUCAUGCUCAACCUCCUGCAGCGCUCAGUCUCGGCGCGGUCCAGGACUAGCAUCGCCUACCUGCUGAAGCAGGUGCGCACUCUGCAGGAGCCUGAUGACAUCAACGGCCGCACCUGCAUCCACCGGCUGGUCAUCCACAUUGGCCGCGCCAAGGUGCCGUCACCCUCACAGGAGCCUACGGCAUAUCCGUUCCCUGUCGGCACGCAUUUUACCUCUCAGUAUAUACAGCCAGCUGUCUCGCCUUCGAGCCUUACCAGGGUUCUGAACGAGAAUGAAACUCAACUUCUGCACAAGGACGACGAGGCCGUGCAGCUCCUCAUUUUCCUCCUUGACCACUUAUCGCCAGAGCAGCAGGCAGGACUCAUCCUCAAGGACUCUUUCGGCCGUCUUCCGCUACACUAUGCUGCGCAAUAUGGCUUUGUUGUUGUGUGCCAAAUCAUCAUGGCAAAGAUGCAAGAAUGGGGACAGUUCAAUGUCGAGGACGGCAUAGAUGCAGAGAAGUGGCAGGAUAAGGAAGGCUACGCACCGUUGCACCUCAGCGUCAUUGGCGGCCACCCUCUCACAACGAAAGCUCUCUUGCAAGGCGAAGACUGGCAGGGCGUCCACGAGAACAAGACAGAAAUGAGGAAGAAAGUCGCAAAGUCUGGCGCGGUACUAGCCCUCGCCACCAAGUUCAACUACAAAGUCAUCGUCGAGAUGCUUGUGGAGGCUGGUGUCGACAUCAACUGGCGCGACAAGACUGGCGAGACGGCGCUCCAUCUCGCUGCGCGCUUCGGCCACGAUGACUGCGCAAAAGUCCUCCUCAAGGGAACCAGCGAGCAGAAGGCCGACACAGAGAUCAUGGAGAGCACAUACAAUUGGACGCCGCUCCAUGUAGCUGCUGUUGAUGGUCAUCUAGCAAUGGUCCAGCUUCUGAUCGAUGCUGGCGCGAAAAUCACCAAGCCCGAUUCAUCUGGCUGGACUGCCAAAGAGCAUGCUGCGCUGAGGGGACACCUAGACAUUGCUAGGCUGCUCGCGGCCAGCGCUCCGGAGAAUCUCGAUGCCCCGAGUCCUUCUUUGAAGCCCAUCAGCGAAAGCCCGAAUGGCGGGAGUCGGCCGUCUUCUCCAGAGUUAUCCUCCAUCGAUGGACGCAAGUCCAACGGCGCGGCUCGCCCAGCUGAACCCGUGAAGACAUUCGGGCACCGCUACCUGACCAAUGAGAGUUUGGUCUUGGUCAGUCUGGGCUCGAUGGACAUGCGCAAAAAUGUUGACGCCGUCAAGCUUGAGCGCGUGCCCCUUAACGAGGCUCACCUGACACAACUGGACACGGCUCUAUCUAUUGUGGUCUCGGCAAGUGGCGCGACCGGCGAGCCGACCAUCAUUGAUUUGCCUGUGCAUGAGAACAUCAGCACCGAGCCCAUUGUGUUCAUGGCAGGCGACGUCACCAAGGUCAAGCUCAUGUUCGACAUUGUUCCCACGUACUCGGGGAAUGAGAAGAACAAAAUCGGACGAGCCGUGGCCCUUCUGUCCUCCAUCAAGCCGACGAUCGGCCUCAAGAGGAUGAACCUGCAGGGCGAUGUCUGCGUGCCCAUCAUGGGAGCCAAUCUGGAGGUCAUUGGCACGGUCAACUUUAACUUUCUCGUUGUGACGCCCUUCUCUCAUCCCAACAUGGAGAUCAACUCUCAUCAAACCUAUUGGAAAAAACUGACAUCGACAAUGGUGAUCGGCCAUCGAGGACUCGGCAAGAACCUGACGUCCAACAAGUCCCUUCAGCUAGGCGAGAACACAGUCCCUUCGUUCAUUGCGGCUGCUAAUCUUGGAGCAAACUAUGUUGAGUUUGACGUACAACUGACCAAGGACCACGUCCCUGUCAUCUACCAUGACUUCCUCGUCAGUGAAACGGGUAUUGACGCGCCAGUCCAUACCCUGACGCUUGAGCAAUUCCUCCACAUCAACCCCGACGCCAAGCGCCACAACGUCCACGAGCUGGUUCAUGAGUCGAUUCAGAAGAUGCGUGUUCACGGCAAUGGGCCUGGGCCCCGGCAACGGUCACAAUCUAUGGGCUUUGUGGGCGAGCAAAACACGGUUCUGGAUGAGCGCAUGAAGCAUACCCGUGAUUUCAAGGAGAAGGGAUACAAAGCCAACUCGCGUGGGAACUUCAUUCAAGCGCCCUUCGCGACGUUGGAGGAUCUUUUCUGCCAACUGCCUGGACACAUUGGCUUCAACAUUGAGAUGAAGUACCCCAUGCUUCACGAGAGCGAAGAGCACGACAUGGACACUUACGCAGUCGAGCUCAACUCCUUCUGCGACACGGUCCUGUCAAAGGUCUACGACCUCGCGGAGAAUAGGCAGAUCAUUUUCAGCUCUUUCAACCCGGACAUUUGCCUCUGUCUCAGCUUCAAACAACCCUCCAUUCCCAUCAUGUUCUUGACAGAUGCGGGAGCCUCUCCCGUGGGCGACGUGCGCGCCUCUUCCUUACAGGAGGCCGUUCGGUUUGCCAGUCGCUGGAACCUGAUUGGCAUUGUCAGCACCGCAGAGCCGUUUGUCAACAGCCCACGUCUGGUCAAGGUGGUUAAGGAAAGCGGUCUUCUUUGUGUGAGCUAUGGUGCCUUGAAUAACGAUUCGAUCCUGGUCCAGCGCCAAGUCAAGGAGGGCAUAGAUGCGGUCAUUGUCGAUAACGUCCUAGCAAUCCGCAAGGGUCUUACGAGCAACGAGACGGAAGCCCAUAUGUCGGGUGAGGUCACAGCUGACCCUGUCGCGGCAUGAAUGGGGUUCGAGAACAUAUAUUCGGCAUACAGUACGAUGGGACGGGGAUACGUAUCCUUACAGAGACGAUGGCUGGUUAGCCUUCAACAACGGAACAAAAGGGCGGCAUCAACUCGCCCCGGAUACGACUAACGAAAAAGAAAAUGAGUGUGGUAGACACUCUCGUCAUUGCGAUGACGGUUUUGCUUUUUGUUUUCCUAGUUGUGAUGGACCUCAAUCCGGUGAAUCGACGCCACAGGGGCCAUCGUCGCUCGAGAGUCGAGAGCACAUGAUGCAGUCAAGGCUUGCUUGCUCAGACAGACAGACGUUCGCUUCAUUGAUGGUAUUUGGUGGACUUGGGACUCGCGUGACAUGAGUGACGGUGCCAAGCUGUUGCGAUCGAUAAAGUGCCGACAAGAGUGACACUGGAUCGCCAUCAAGUAUGAAACCAGCAUGGCAUGCGCCGAGGGGUCACCAGGUUGUGACCCGUCUGAGGUGACGUCCGCAGGUUUGGUUCAGCCCUAGCGGCCUUUUCCUGUUUCUUGUCGCCUGUUGCCUGUGGAUUUGUGUCUUGAUGAACCAUGACUGACACAAAAUGCUAGGGGAAGACGGCAACCUAACGAGGAUCUCGUACAGAAGUGCACCAUCAGGGGCAUUCCUUGGUGGUCUCUCUGCCCAAAGCGUGCCGUAGCCGCCAGCACAGCUCCCUUUGUUUCGUUCACACGGUUUGUUUGCCUCCCAGCUUCAAGGUUGCGACACAUGCGCGUCCUAUUGCUCCAGGAUUCAAUGUCGACCAUUCUCGGAUGCCAUGCCAAGCUCACGGGAGUAUCAUUGUCUUCGGAGAGUGUGCCCAUGACAAGUGCAAGUUCAUAAUUCAUGGAUGGCCGUAUUCUCGACAGUGCUCGAAAUGCCAUGCGGUAGACGGAGAGCCUAGGACGAGUUUAAGUGGAAUAUCUUUCCC